GGGACAUAGAAAUUGUAUUGUAUCUUAAUAUUCGUUCAUUUCAGUCUAAUUGGCUAUAAGUAUUAAGCAUAGAAUUCACCAAUAAGUUGAGAUCUGCUCGGUAAAACCAGGUACUUUGUUACAAGAUAAACGCAACGCUUUUAAGCAACAAUUACGUACCCCUCCAUCUCCAUCCCUGCCCCUCUUGCCUCUUCUAUUUUCUACCUUCGACCUUCGACCUUCGAUCAUCUAUCAAACAACCUUGGAAGACAUCGGUUUCAUCAGCCCAACUUUAGCUACUGAAAUCAGCUACUAAAAUCAACAUAUUCGGAAUCGAUUCUAUCAAUUCGGUCGAAAGAAAAUGGCGACUAUUUCUCGUCAGCAAUUUUCUCUACCAUCCUCCCGCAUAAUUGAUUACGCCCUAUGGUCAGAAUCAUCCAAUCCUAACGCCCCUGUUAUUCUUCUUUCCAACUCUUUAUGCGCCCCAUAUCCUACCUGGGAACGCGUAGUCCCGGAAUAUACAUCUAGGGGUUUUACAGUCAUAGCUUAUAGCUUCCCAGGCCAUGGUGGUUCUACGACCCCAGAAGAUCUUUCUUCUACAAAUUUUGAGUCACUUGCCGAUGAUGUUCAGGCCCUUCUAAAUCAUCUUUCUAUUGAACGGCUGCAUGCCUGGAUUGGUGUUAGCAUGGGUGCUUCUACUGGGAUUGUAUUCGCCGCAAAAUAUCCCAGCAUCAUCCAGAAGCUAGUCAUAUGUGAUACGAUUUCCUCCUCUCCAGUCAACGCCGGAACCGAUGAUGUUUUCGCACCAAGAAUUGCGGCUGCUCGCAAAGCGGGCAAGAUGGAUGACCUAGUUGAAGGAACCAUGGAUCGAUGGUUUGGUCGCGCUUGGGUUGAUGCCAAUCCAGAAGAAGCAAAUCGCGUGCGACAAAUCAUGUUGACGACGAGCAUUGAUGGAUUUGAGACGUGUUGCGCUGCCCUCCAGAGCAAAUCGUACGAUUUGCGACCAUUGACGGUAAAGGCUGGUCAGAGUGUUGACGAAGCCCUGUUCAUCGUAGGCGAUAAAGACGCGAAUCUACCAGAAUCCAUGCAAGAACUACGGAAAGGCGUUGAGCAGGGACUACAAAGCAAGGGAAUCGUUUCUCAUGUGGACUUCCAUGUCAUUAAAAAUGCUGGCCACGUAUGUUACGUUGAUGGUUUUGACGAGUUCAUCGCCAUCACCACACAAUUUCUCAAGCAAGGGUAAUCGUUGGCCUUGAUGGUACGGUAUUGGUUUGAGAUGAAGGUUAACGAUGAUACGAGCGCUGUUAUUUCGUUUUAAUAAUAAUUAGUA